GAUCGCGGCAUUCCGAAGAAGACGUGGAGUCUAUAAUUGGGUGUUCCUCUUGGUACAUCGAUGGAGCUGGGAAAAUAUUUUUCUGGCGCUUGCACUGCAUGUACUCUCGGCUUCUGCCAUUAUAUUUCUCCUCAUUUCUAUACGCCAGCUGAAUAGCAGCACGGCAAGAAAAAGUGGACCGGGGCGACGACUUGUAGUUACGGGAUAACAUUUCAACAAAUCGUGAGAACGUGUAGUUCCUGUUCCGGGAAGAAAUUUUAUUAGAUUUUGAGAACGUGGAUAUCCAUCUCUAAGAACGUCAUUAAGACACAACUGUUCUCUAAGAAACGCCUAUUUCCACUCGGGUAACUUAAACUUUUUAAAAGGUCCUCAAAGAUGCUCCUCAAAGAAGAUGCUGUCCUUGUCUCAAUUGUUGUAGAAGAUGGAUGACUGUUGGUACCUCGUACCUCUUCUACUAUCUAAAAAACGAGGGAGCGGCCUUGGGAAUUUGCUUCUUUAGGGUUGUACUAGUUGUUGUCCUUGAAUUAUUCUGUGUUGUCGGACGAGGAGAAGCAGG